AGGUGGCGCUUUUGGUCAGAUUUGCGGUUCAUACGUCAUCACCCCGCAAAGAAAGUGGACCUGAAAGAAGCAAUAACAAACAAACUUAGCAGUUAGCAAGCUAAUGCGACGUGAAGAAAGUUGUCGUUUGGGUUGCCAUACUUUUUUGCAUCAACUAUAUAAUGGUAAUUUUUAUUUGUUCUGAAUGUGGAUAAGAUAAUGUACAUAGACUACACAGAAGGCGAAUGAACUAAAUUGUUAUCUAAGUACGUUUGCUAAUAGCUAAACGUCAGCUAACCUUCCUGACUUAAUCUUCCUCGUUGGGUUUUUUGUGAGUGAUUUUUUUGUCGCUCAGAAACGUAUUGACGUUUAAUAGGUAAAACUAAAGUGGUUUAAUGUGACAAAUUCAAGUCAAACUGAGAAUUUUGACCACAAACGGAGGACUAUAAUUCUACGUGCAACUGGAAGAAACCAAGCAUGGUACACCUCGGUGUGUGGCGCAUGGGGACUCAUGUGAGCACCCUAACACUGAUCCUCUGCACCGUGCUGGUACCGUCACCAACACAAGCUUAUAUAUAUGUUAAUUCUAAAAAUAUGAGCUCCAUGUUGUUUGAAGACCUGCCUGCUUUGUUUGGAGCUCGAGUUCCUACUGGUGGUUUAACGGGUCUUUUGGUGCCAUCCCAACCAGCUAAUGGCUGUGCAGCAAUGAACCCUCCUCCUCCUUUGCCAUCCUCCUUUGAUGCCAACACUACUAAGUUUGUCGCUCUCAUCAAACGCUAUGAUUGCAAUUUCGACAUAAAGGUUUUUCAUGCACAGCAAGCUGGAUACAGUGCUGCGAUUAUUCACAAUAUGUAUUCAGAUACUCUGCUCAACAUGAACUACAGCAAUGACACUAUUGCAGAGCAGAUUGAGAUCCCCUCUGUGUUUACUAGCUAUUAUGCCUCGGAAAUACUCCGGACAUACCUGUUUCCAGAGCACGUGGUGUAUGUGACCCUCAAGCCAGAAUUCGCCUUUCCUCUAUCUUACUACCUCAUUCCCUUCACUGGGGUAGUUGGCAUGAUCAUUAUUGUCAUGUGUGUGAUCAUGAUUAUUCGAUGUGUGCAGUACAGAAAACGGAUCAGGAAAAACCGUUUGACGAAGGAACAACUGAAACGCAUUCCAACACACAGGUUCACUAAAGGAGACGACUAUGAUGUCUGUGCCAUCUGUCUGGAUGAAUAUGAAGAAGGAGAUAAACUCAGAGUUUUGCCUUGCUCACAUGCUUACCACUGCAAGUGUGUGGAUCCGUGGCUCACACAGACCAAGAAGACAUGUCCAGUGUGCAAACAGCGGGUCACCCGGAACAACCCGGAACACUCAGAGUCCGAUUCUGAGGAGGAGACCAGAGGACGUGGAGAAGAAGAAGGAACAGAAGGCGAUACAGACUCUGAGCGCACCCCUCUCCUUCGACCUUCCAACCCUGGAUCGCCAUCGGGCAGCCCGGGGGCGUACGCGGCCACCACCACCACUGCCCAGUGCCUCGCCUCCCCCGCACACCGUGACUCACCUAUCUUUGGCUGUGAAGGUUACUACUCCCCAGAGGAGGACACAGACUCAGAGAGUGACGCAGAUGGAGAGCUCCACCACACUGAUGAUGACACCGCUGAGUUAAUUGGUAGGAAUUGAGUGGAGAUAUAAAGGCCUUAAAAUGGCUGCAAUGAGGUGACAGAGCUUGACCCACAGAAAGAUCCUGAUGUUUGGCUGCUGGGGUCUGCUUGGUUUGUGGUCAGCCAGACUUUUAAGAUAAACUUUUACAUAUGUUGACUGUAGAAGAAUCUUUUACACAAUAAUCUUAAGUCCACGUUAAGUGUCAAAGCAGUCGUUGCAUCGAUCCAUUUCACCAAAGUCCAGAGUUAAGCCGAAGUCCACUUCAAUCCAGUCACUGUGGGGCUUUAGUCUUUUUGUUGCAUGUUGUAGCUUAUGACUUGUUCACACUACACAACCCAGUGACAACUGCAGCACACUAAGAACAACCCACCAAAAUCAAGUCUUUAGGAUCUAAAGCUUAAAAGGCAGGACGCCUGCUCCCACAGCGGAUUCUUUCAGUCCUUUCUCUUUGCAUAAAAAUAAGAUCAGCAACGUUUUGUUUUUUUUCUUGAGGAAAAUUGUUUUUAUUCUCACUCCAUUUUUCAACUUUGAAACAUUUUCAUUUAAAUUAGGACAUUUUUGUAUUUUUUAUUUUUAUUUUUAAAUUUUGUCUUUUCACAGAUUUUAAGGUUAUUCUUUAGUUUUUUCUUCUACUGUACCUGCUUUUUUCUCACUUAAACAAUAAAUUAUACUUUUCUUCAUUUAAGAAAAAAAAUCUGUUUUCUGAACUUUUGGCAUUUUUGUUAUGAGCAGUUCAUAAGAAAUGUUUUAGUUAUGUGUUUUGUUUUGUUUUUUAGGAAAACAAACCCAAGUUUUUAUGGCUAAAUUAAAGGUCAGUUGAUACUGUAAAUAAAUAACAAUACAAAACAUAUUGCAUUUUGUUCUUAUUCAUUGUUAAAAUAGACUUUUUUUUUUUUAUUCUGGAAGUGUUUUUAGGCACAAACUUCACAUUGCCUUACAAUAGUCUUCAUGUUUGUGUGUUAAAUGUUUAAAAAUUUGAAGGGACAAGUUGGACACUCCUAUUAGCUUCUGUCUUGUUUCUGACGUCUUUCCUGUGUUUUCACUUUUGUCCUAUUUUUCCUGUUAAACGUGAGCCAGAAUUUUGACAGGCUUAUUUAAGGUAAAUGCUCUAAACAUCUUUGUCUGUGCAAAUGUUAGAUUGAUGCUGGAGUUCUGAAAGAAUAGUGCACACAAAAACUAGUUGGUCAAAAGUGUUUAUACUCUUUAAAUAUACAGACUUUUCCUGUACUUGUGCUUUAUAAUUUAAGAGAGGAAAUUCUCAAACUAGUUUACCUCAGCCUGGUAAAGUUCAAGGUCAGUUAGACAAAAGUGAUCAUGUUUUGAUUUGAAAAUGUUCUUCCAGCACAGAAGCUCUGUGUGUGAGCAUUCAUCACAAAGUAAAAAGAACAUUUCAAAUACAUAAAUAUAUAUUUAUAUAUAAACUUACAAUAACUGUAAUACUCCAAAUCAUUUGUGUGAUUCAAAUGUCUGUUAAAAAUUUCUCACUGAAAUUUAAAUGGAUAUUUAUCCUCCAUUAAUGUUGAGAGCAUCUCCCUUAUUUAGAAUGUGUCUAUAGGGAAGGCAGUUUCAAGGAAAACGUACAAAGCAGAAUUGAGAAUAAAGUAAAAGUCACAUUCAAUGUGUUUUUCAAUGUCACAGGAAAGAAACUCUGUUGCCAUCUGUUUAGUCAAAGUAUUUUCUCUUUGCAAAAGCAUAUUCACCUGUAAUAUUUGACAAAUAAAGCCUGAAAAAAA